CCUCGGCCCAUCCCGCCUCAUCCAGUGCGGCGGCCUCACAAUUCUAUAAGACUAGAAUCUGCAGGUACGCACACGUGCACAGCACAGAUGGCACGACCAGCAUGAUCAUUCAUCUGUGUCGUUUGUUCUCCUGUGUACUUCGAUCAGAUUCUGGCAACAGAUGAGCGUGACUGCAUGCAUACAUGCCAUGUGUCGAUCAGUCGUCGUCUCAUGGUUGCCCUGCCCCAUGCUCGGUGUGUCCAUCAGGGAGAGUGCACCCGCGGUGAGAACUGCCGGUGCGCUCAUAGCCUCGAGGAAGUCCGGACGAGACCUGACCUCACUAAGGUACGCCGCGCAUGCUGCAUAUGUAGAGGACUCGACUGGAUGGCUGGCUGCUGUGUGAGGGCGCAGACCCGGCUGUGUGAGAACUUCCAGAAAGGCGAAUGCUCAGACCCAAAUUGUGCCUAUGCGCACGGUACGUAUGGCUGCACCGAAGUGCAUUCACGGCACCUUUGACCUCUGUCAGCGUGCGUGCUUGUAGGUGAGGAUGAGCUUCGUUCGACAGAUGACUUCUACAAGACAUCGUUGUGCGUCUUUUGGAAGCGAGGCACCAAUUGCUCUCGUCCGCAUCUCGAAGAGCUUCUGGAAGAACGCUGAUAGUUUAGGCAUUUUUCCAAGACAAAGGUCCCAAGACGACUACCUUGACAUCUGCGCUUUUGUGGGGGAUGCACUUAUUGGCGUGUGCGCUAUUUUUCUGUGCUUCUGUACUGCAAUAUGUUGGCUAAUAUUGGCCGAGCCCUUCGUGAGGAGUCUCUUCCUGUUGUGGCUGUCGAAAAAACGCCUCAGCCGCUCACUCACUGAAGAACACAAAAGCCAGAACGGACACAGACGGUUGCACGUGAAGAGGCGAUCAGCUCGGUGUGCGUCGUCUCGGUACUGGCGGUGGUGUGUCUAUCGGUGGUCGG